AUGACAGUGUUCCCCAAUCUGAAAGUAUUUUCUCUCCAUUCAAGAUGGGAUACACAUUAUUAUAAUGAAUUAUUCGUGCCACUUCUACAUCGAAUUUUCAAUCUCGAAGAACUUGAUUUAGAUCUUGUAGUUUGGUCUGAGAAAAGAUUUAUCGAUGGCUAUGAUUUGAAAUCGAAUAUUAUCAAUCAUUUAUUACGAUUAAAUAAAUUUCUAUUUAACAUACGUUCAUGUCUAUCUUUAAAUGAACAAAUUUCUUUAUCAUCAAAUAAAGGUUGUCAACUUUCAUUCAAAGAUUUUAAACAUAAUAAAGUUAUUUCAUGUAUUGAUUAUUUCUCAGCUCAACAACAAGGUCAAUGUCAUGUUUAUUCAUAUCCAUACCAAGCAACAUACUAUGAAUCUAUUACAAAUAAUUUUUCAUGUGGAUUAUUUAAAUCUGUUUGUGAAGUUUCAUUAUAUGACGAACGUCCUUUUGAACAUGAAUUCUUUAUGAAAAUUGCCAAAUCUUUUCCAUUUAUGCAAAAAUUAACUUUAUACAAUAACAAAUUUGAUGAACAAUCAAAAGAUGAUAAUCGACAUUUAUCAAUUAUUGAAUAUCCUUAUCUUACUCAUCUUGAUCUAAAUGAUGCUCAUGAUGAAUAUGCCGAGCAAUUUCUAUUGGAUAUCAAAACUUCUUUUCGAACAAUGCUCAAGCUGAGUACACCUUGGCGAACAGCUUACGGUGACAAAUAUACAGUAACAUUAAUACAUGAAGAUAGUGUAGGUCCCGAACUUAUGCAACAUGCUAAAGUUGCUAUUCGAUGUGUACGAGCACCUAUUGAUUUUGAAGAUAUUCCAUUAUCGAGCCAUUCAGUUCCUAGUGUUGUUGAAAGUCUUAAAACUCGUUUUGCAUUUGAAAUUGCAAAACAUGAUAAUCGCAAGAAAGUAACAGCUGUUCAUAAAGCAAAUAUCAUGAAAUUGAGUGAUGGUUUAUUUAUUGAUUGUUGUCGUGAAGUAGCUGCUGAAUAUCCCGAUAUAAAAUUUAACACAAUGAUUGUUAGUAAUACACGUAUGCAGUUAGUUAAUCGACCAACACAAUUUGAUGUUAUGGUUAUGCCAAAUUUGUAUGAAAAUAUUGUAUCGAAUGUAUGGGCUGGUCUUGUUGGUGGAUUAGGUACAGGAAAUACAGGUGUAGAAAUUGCUGGAAAAAAUAUUGCAAAUCAAUCUGGAAUUCUUUUUGCUGCUGCUGCAAAUAUGCUCAAAUAUUUAGGAUUGGAACAACAUUGUUCAACUAUAAAAAAUGCUGUUAUAAAUACAAUUCAAGAACAUAAAAUAAAAACUCCAAACAUUGGUGGUACAUCAACAACAACACAAUUUGUUGAAUGUGUUUUAAAUGAAAUAGUUAAAAUGACACUAACAAUUGGUUUCAAUUAUGAAAUGCCGAAACCUAAUCUUGGUCUUAGAUAUAAAACUGUUGAUUAA